UUCUACUAUCAAAUUACAAUUGACUAGGAAAAAUUAAACAUUUAAAGACAUACAUUCGCCGUAUUGAACAAAAAACAUCAACAGGAAACAAUUACUACUUCGUAAACAACGCUAGAUUUCGGCGUAUUGAUGAUUAAAUUAGUUUUAACUACAAAUGCUCCAAUUGCAUAAUAUCUAUAACGUAAAUGAUAAAGUACUAUGAUAACAUAAUCAGCACCUAUCGUGCUCAUGCAUGAUUACUAUGAUUAAUUUCUACAAAAUUCUAUGACGAGACUACGAAGGCUCGAGCACCACAUAUGAGGCAAGCGUCUAAUGUAAACAAUGAACAUAACCCGCUGUGUGUGACUCACAAAGACGAUGUUUCAUUAUCAUAUCACAAGCACAAGUUAACUUUAGUUGCACUCUGACACUCAACGCCGUUCUACGCUUUUACAAUUUCUCUCAUUACAGACCGACUAUAUCAUCAACGUGAGACCGCGGUAUUUUCCUCAACGGGAACAAAGAGUUUCGUCAAUUAAUUUAGUGUUCCGCCAGCCUGUUGAUCGGGCCACGUGAAUGCAUACGUGAUGCGAAGCGAGCGUUCGUUCGCGGUAAAAAUCGAAUGCAAAAAUGAUUAAAAGGAACGGUGAUAAUGUAUUUGCGAUCGCGAGCAACAGCCCGUGUGCGGUGCGGAGCGCUGUCUCGCUCUGUUCGGGAGGCGGCGCGGCCACGAGGAUACCGCGCGCGACAGCGGCCAGGAUGACGCCGUCCGACGCGCACCACACCAAGGAGGCGAAUAUCGUUGCUGCAACUUACGUUGAAAAGUGGAAAAACCGAUAUGAAGAAGCCGAAAGAAAACACAAAUCCAGCCUACUUAAAUCCGAAAAAGCAAAACGCGAGCAUGAAGACCUGCAACGUCGCUUCAAUCUGCUCUCAGACGAGCGGACCCGCCUCGCGGGUUCACUCGCGGAGCGGGAGCGAGAGUUAUCUGCACUGCGGGAUGUGUCAGAGAAACUGUUCCAGGAAUACCAGCAGCUGCAGAACCAGAGGGAAGUGGAUGAACAGGUCAUGCAGAAGGUGAUGCAACAGGCAGGCGAAUGGUACAAACAGAACAAGCAACUGAAGCGACGGAGCCAGGCCAUCUUGCACGCUCUGCCUUCACAUGCCGAAAUCGACUUUACAGACUCCAACUCCACUGCUUCAGACACCAGCAGCAAUGAAGAAGUGGAGUUUCUGAAGCAAACCGUCUCUGACCUCAGCAAGCAAGUCGCCUCACUCCAAGCUGAGCUCAGCGCGGCCAGAUUACAAGAGUUUGAGGCUCAUGAGUCCACAGCCGCCCUUGCCCAGGAACUGGAUAACGAGAAAGAGAAGUCAGCAACACAACAGAAAGAGCUAGAAGACCUGAAGAGUCAGAUCGAGAGACAUCACAGAGUAUCAAAGUUGUUGAUGGAGGAAGUGACAGCGCUUAAAGACCAUGCUGAUAAAGACAGGGAGAUGGCUGAAACCUAUAAAUCCGAGGCCCGUGACGCGAAGAAGCGAGUCAAAGUGCUCACACAUCAGAGCACAUUGCUCAUGGGAGAACUCGAGUUGGAUGAAAGACUGAACAUGCUUCUUGGAGAAGUUGAUAGCUUGAGAGAUGCGCUGGAACAGCAGGCGGUUAGACAUCGAGACCAAAUUGAGGAGCUACAGUUAAAGCUAGCAGAAAAACACGAAGACACAGACAUUCUCCUCUGGGAAGAGAAGAUUAGACUAGCCGAAGAAGACGCAAGGAAAGCCAUAGAACGAGCUGAAGUAGCAGAAAGGAGACUAGAAGAUGAAAGGAAUACAGUAGAACAGAAAUUAGCUGAAGAAAGGAAGAUUGUAGAACAAAAGUUAGCAGAAGAAAGGAAGAUUUUAGAGAAGUUAGCAGAAGAAAGGAAAAGUGUAGAACAGAAAUGUGAAGAACAGAAGGUACAAAAGAUGGGAGAGAGAAAUGGGAAGAAGUUAGAAGAGAUAGUGGAAGAUAGGAGGGAAGUGAGGAUUUCGCCGCCGAAGAAGAGUAGUUUAAUGUCGAGGAUAAGUUACUUUGAGGGCGGACAGAAGAAGGAGGAUAGAAGAGAGGAGGUUGGCGGUAAGCGCCUGUCGCUUCUCCCCCUCCUCUCCCCCUGCCCGCCCCCCGCGCCCGUGUUCUCCCCGCCGCCGCCCCCUCCCACUGCUCCUCCCCCGCCCGCCGCACUACCGCCCCCGCCCCCACCCCCGCCGCCACCUCCCCCGCCGCCGCCCGCAGUCGCAGUGUUCGUGCCUACAGGAGGAGAUAUGGCGCACAUGCUGGCUAACAAACAGGCUAACCUGAAGAAGAGCGUGCAGAAUGGAGACCCAGCCAUAGACUCAAUCGUGGACCAGAUCAAAGGCGGUAACUUCACCCUCCGGCGUCGCGACCAGAACUUCCUAGAGAAAAAACCAAAAGAAGAACAACCCGAAGCUGUCAAGGAGAUGCUGGCUAUACUCGGGACCUUGCGGAAAAGGAGGGCUGUGCAUAGACCCAGUUUAGUAGGGGUUGGGGAGCAGGCGUGACGAAUAUAUUGUAAGAUAUAAGAAGAAAUGAAGAAACUAAUUUCGCUCCAUAGACUAAAGUCUUCCGGUGACCACAUAUUGUCAAUUAUUAAAAUUACAAUUAUUUAUAAGGAUAUGUUUUAAUUUAAUAAUUAUUUGUGACGUUAUCCGGGUAAAGGGACGUUAUUGUCGGUGGCGCUUACGUCCCACGGCGUCGUAUUUGUACACGAACAUCGCUCGUAACGCCGUAAGCGCCAUCGACAAGGUCCCUUUACCCAGAUAAUGUCACAUUUAAAAAUUAAUAUUCGUCACAAUCUCAGCUAGGAUACUAAAUUGUUAUUUAUAAAGCUUUUUCACGUUAUGACUCUAGUUACUAGGAUUUUUCUGUCCUCCGGUCGGAAAACGUCAAAUUUCAGGCCGCUGUGCCGAAGUUACCGCUUCCCGCAUCGAAUAGAAAAAAAAGAGUAUCCUCAGCAGUGGCGGCUGGGGAAAAUUUCUGCUAGGCAACACUGAGCAAAAAGAAACCUACUUUAACAUUUAGGUACUUUACUAGUAAUCAAUUUUAGGCAACCCGGUGGGGAUCGGCUUGUA